GUGUGUGUGUGCAGAGCAGAGACAAGCAGAGAGGGAGAGAGAGAGAAAGCGAGACAAGAGAGACGAAAGGGAGGGAGUGUGGAUCAUGCAUGUGCAUUAACUCAGCUCCAGCGGCACAGCAGCAGCAGCAAACAGAAACAGCAGCAGCACAGGAGGGAAAGAGAGAGAGAAAGACAGAGAGGGAGAGUUGGAGGGAGGGUAGUAGUCUCAGGCACAGGAACAAAAGCUGCAGAGGACUGCUUUCCAUCUCCACUAAAAGAACAACGGAGGAGUAAUAGAAGGAGGAGGGGUUGGUCAUGAUAGUUGUGAGACAAUAACGGAAGAGAAGAGGCACAUUGUAGUCAGUGAGGACUGAAAUCAAGGCUCUUCUCUUCUUUGCUCUCCAUGUUUUUGGGGACUCAACGUACCAUUACCUUUGUCUCCAAACCCUGAGGAGGAUGUCUGUGUCAGGGAAGAAGGAAUUUGACGUAAAGCAGAUCCUCAGGCUCCGCUGGCGCUGGUUCAGCCAUUCAUCCCAAGGUUCGGCUGGCAGUGGAGGCGGCGGUGGGGUAGGAGGCUACAUCCAGCAGGAUGGCCUGGACCACAGAGGGACGCCUGUCCAAGGCCGGCUGAAGAGUCACUCAAGGGAAAGAGGCGUUGGAGGAAUACGUAAGAAUAACAGCCCGGUCCGCAGUAUCUUGGCACCGACACCAGGGCCCACACCUGUCUAUGUCAGAGCGGGUCAACAAUCAUGGCACCACCAGCAGAACACCAUCCAGGGUCUCCAGGUCAACGAGGAAUUUCCAAAGAGCAGCUCAUCACCCAGCACCACAAGGAAAGAGGACGCCAUCACUGGCCAGGAAGAUAUAAAGAAGAACAGCACAGAGGAACUUGCAGACAUUGAGGCCAGAGAGAGGUUGGCUCUGAGCACCUUUUCCAGAAUGAAUACCAACUCGUCCGAUGAGUUCUUCCAGGCCACAAAUCAUGCAGAACAAACUUUCCGUAAGAUGGAGACAUACCUCCAGCACAAGCAGCUGUGUGAUGUCCUCUUGAUAGCAGGGGAUCAUAAGAUACCUGCUCACAGACUGGUCCUGAGUGCUGUGUCGGACUACUUUGCUGCCAUGUUCACCAGCGAUGUGAGAGAGGCAAAGCAGGAAGAGAUCAAGAUGGAGGGAGUCGAUCCAGAGGCCCUCAGAUCCCUGGUUCAUUUUGCAUACACUGGCGUCCUUGAGCUGAAAGAGGAGACCAUUGAGAGUUUAUUGGCGGCGGCUUGCCUCCUCCAGCUUUCACAAGUCAUCCAGGUUUGCUGUAACUUUCUGAUGAAACAGCUUCAUCCCUCCAAUUGCCUGGGAAUCCGCUCCUUUGCAGAUGCCCAGGGCUGCGUGGACCUGCUCAAUGUGGCGCAUAACUACACCAUGGAACACUUCCUGGAGGUCAUUCAGAACCAGGAGUUCCUGCUGCUCCCCACGGCUGAGAUUGUUAAGCUGCUAUCCAGCGAUGAGAUCAACGUUCCAGAUGAGGAGACGAUCUUCCAGGCUUUGAUGAUGUGGGUGCGGUACGAUGUCCAGAAUCGACAACAGGAUCUUGGGGUGCUUCUUGCCUUCAUCCGCCUGCCUCUUCUUCCUCCACAGCUCCUUGCAGAUCUUGAAAACAACAAGAUGUUCUCUGACGACCUGGAAUGCCAAAAGCUGCUGAUGGAGGCCAUGAAGUACCAUCUCCUGCCUGAGAGACGUCCCAUGUUUCAGAGCCCAAGAACCAAACCUAGAAAGUCCACCGUGGGCGCACUUUAUGCUGUAGGAGGGAUGGAUGCUACUAAAGGCUCUACCACCAUUGAGAAGUAUGACCUGCGGACUAACACAUGGGUCCAGGUUGGAGUCAUGAACGGACGCCGGCUCCAGUUUGGUGUUGCAGUUAUAGACAACAAGUUGUAUGUAGUUGGAGGGAGGGAUGGACUCAAGACGUCCAACAUGGUGGAGUGCUACAAUCCAAUCAAUAAAGUGUGGUCCACCAUGCCGCCCAUGUCAACACACAGACAUGGACUUGGUAUUGCUGUGCUGGAGGGUCCCAUGUAUGCUGUGGGAGGCCACGACGGCUGGAGCUACCUCAACACAGUGGAGCGCUGGGACCCGCAGGCCAGGCAGUGGAACUAUGUGGCCAGUAUGUCAACUCCACGGAGCACCAUGGGGGUCACAGCACUUAAUGGAAAAUUGUUUGCAGUAGGUGGUCGAGACGGAAGCUCAUGUCUGAGGUCGAUGGAGUGCUUUGAUCCACACACCAACAAGUGGAGCAUGUGUGCUCCCAUGGCCAAGAGGCGAGGUGGAGUGGGUGUGGCAACGUACAACAACUUCCUGUAUGCUGUAGGCGGACACGAUGCCCCUGCCUCCAACCACUGUUCUAGACUCUCCGAUUGUGUUGAAAGGUAUGACCCAAAGACGGAUACGUGGACCACUGUGUCCUCCCUCAGCAUUCCGCGGGACGCUGUGGGUGUCUGCCUGCUGGGUGACAGGCUUUAUGCCGUGGGUGGAUACGAUGGUCAGUCAUAUCUGAACACUGUCGAGUCUUACGAUGCACAGAACAAUGAGUGGACUGAGGAGGUCCCUCUCAACAUUGGCAGGGCAGGUGCCUGCGUGGUGGUGGUGAAAUUGCCUUGAGCAUUUGGUCUUGCGACAGCAUGGGAAGCAAAUGAGAGUGCAGCGAAGAAGAGUGGACAAACAAAACAACGGAUCAAGGACACAUCCUUUGAGAGUCAUGUUUUUUUUCUUCUUCUUUAACUCGGCUUUCCACAUUUUUCAGAGGGAAACAUUUUUCGGAGCCUUGCCCAUUGUUUCUAUCAUUAGUGGACAAGCCUACCCACUGGGGAGGACUUAUUCAGAAACUGGACUGCAUUGCACAUUGUCUACAUUCUCAACUGAUCAAGAAUUUUCACAGACUUGGAUAAGCUGUAGCAAGUGCCAAGCCUUUGUUGUACUACUUUGUUUUAUGAAACGUUCUGUGGAUGUCCGUAAAAAUUACAUGUAAAAGUUACAUUUUGAGUAAAUAGGUUAGUUUACAUCUAUACAGAGCCUUUUCCUAUCAGUGCCAUUACAUACAGUAUAUUUUGGGGAUUAUAUUUCACUUCAUAGCCACUCAAAUGAAAGUUGUAAUGGUACAUAAAUGUUACCACUGACCUGGGUCUUACCUUAGUGGGUGGUCUUAACAGAUUCUUGCUCUUUAGCAACAAAGAUCGCUGUGAACACUGAGCGUGAAGAGUUUGUCCGGGCUGCUUUGAAGAACAAUUAAAUCAAAAUUUUUGCUGAAUAUUAUAUUUCAACAUUUUCUUUUUUAUUGAGCCUGUAGCUACAGAACACCAAAGUAAUUUGCUUGUCUUAGAAAUCUUGUUACGCAUUAAAUACAAGUUUACAAAGUUGUGAAUUACAAAAAAUAUAUCAUAUUGAUAUUUCACAGUGCUGUACAGAUUUUUUGCAAACUUUCUAAAACUACAUUUGUGUUGACCAGUGCACUCUGGUGACUACAGUUAUUAUUCUUGUGUCUUUAUUUCUGGGCAUGCUGGCUGAGCCAAUGUUUUAUUUGAUUUAUACAAAAUUAUUUAUCAAGAUCACUAUCUGUUCUGUAUUUUUAAGGAUAUGAAACCUUUUGGGUCAUGUAGAUGAUUUUAUUAUUCACAACACAACCAUUGGAUUAACCCAGAACAAUUAGCAAACUAUGGCUGAGUGGUACCAGGUGCUCCAAAACCAGUUAUUUGAGUCUUUCGGCAGCAUUGGAAGCCUGAUUUCCACAGCGCUUCACUAAUGUGACUUUGAUUGGAAUUUUUAGGUUUGUAUUUAGUUGUUUUGCUCAUAAAAGUAAAAAUGUUACUAACUUUAUCAAAAUGAGAACCAUUUGUAACUGUAAUUAUGCCAUGUUUUUGGGGCCAAAUGUUAGUUUUUAUCAUAAUUUUGUACAGCAUGUAAACCAAUAAAUAAAAUGACUUCAGUCUUCUCUGCACGUUCAAA